AAUAUACUUGUACUGCCUUGCAUUUAAAUGUGUAAGAAUAAGCCUCAUUCAUAAUAAAGUACAGUAAGUAAAGGUCCCUUAAUCUGAAUGGAAAGGGAAUAUGCCAUUUGAAUUUAAAGCAAUAUUUGAAUUUAUUAUAAGGCAGAACCUUGCAGAACAUGGAAUAUACAUAAUUCAUAAUUAACCUUUAUGAAAUUCCACUGUUUUUCAUUCAAACUCUAAUGACCAUAUAGUGUACAUUGUAUAUAUGACAGAAGGUGACAAUUAUUGACCAUGUCAGGCUGUAGGCUAAGACAGUGGUAAACAAAUAUGAUAGUACAGGAAAUAUUGUUUGCCUUCCUUAAUACAGUACAGUCAUACCUCAUGAUUCAAAUGUUUGAAUUCCCUAUUCAAACAGGGUUGGUGAACAAAAUUUGCCCUCCAAUUUGAACACAAACACUCAUCCAAGCAGUCAGUUCCUCUAGCAUUUCUCCUCUCCUCUCCCUUCCCCUCUUCCCCCCUCCCUUCCUCUCCUUUCCCUGCCCCUCUCCCCCAUCCCUCCCCCUCUACCUAUCCCACCCAUCCUCUCUCUCUCUCUCUCUUGUCCCUCCCAUUGUUCCUUUCCUCUCCCUUCUUUCUUGUCUGGUUUCAAACCUCCCUCCCUGUCACCUCCCCUCUCCCUCAUUUGUCAUAGAUAAGACUUAAGGGAGUGAUACCUCACUCUCUCUCUCCAUUCUAUGGACAGUACCAAGAGUCACAAAGGCCAAGGCACGGGCCUUCCCUUCAACCAUCAAGGGAAAGCCUUCAAGCAUGCCUUCAAUCCAUACCAAGAGUCACAGCAGAAGGAGUGCCGAUACAAAGGCAUAUUUUAGAAGGAAUCCUGAGCCUCCUGUAAAAUCAAGAUAAAGAUCAAGAUGCUCAAGAGUAAUCCUGACCUUCCUGUGGCUUUCUCUAUGACCCACAACGCCAUCACUACAGCACAUGUGUAUUUUUGCAGCAGCUUUCCUCAGCAGCAAGAUGUCUAAGUGUUAUGAUCACCUUAAUUUUGGCAGUGAGUGGGUUGCUUCUGUCUGUGUCACUCUGUAAGGCUUCCCUCACUUGACUGGUGACAAAGAGAAUGCCUGCAUUGUCUAAAAAAUAUCUUUUGAUGAGUUUUGAGUUACUAAGUUAAUUCAAUACAUCCUUUCUGGAUAAAAAAAAUUCCUAAGCUGGAGAUGGUGUAGAGCAGCCAUCCUAGCAGUGGGAGCAUCGGUCAUUACCUGCUCAUAAAUAGUGGAUGGGUAUCUGAGAACAGAUUAAUCUGUUUUACGUUGUUUCCUAUAGGGAAAAUAGUUUGUUUUCAAACAUUUUGGAUUCUGAACGGCAUUCAGGAAUGAAUUAAGUUUAAAAAUGGAGGUUCAACUGUGUAUACAGUAAAAUCCCUCUUAUCCGGCAUCAAUGGGAGUGCCGACAUGCCGGAUACUUGAAUAUUGCCGGAUACUUGAAUAGAAGUGAAAUUAUGUCCACAAUCACCACCCUAGACUCACGCAUCUUACCAUAACAAAGAUCAGCUGAUCUUAAUCAGCAGCUGAUCUGAUCAGCUGCUUAAGUGUAAGCACAACACGCUUCCUCUUUUCUACAAUUUAGGCAUGAUGAAGGCGUCAGGCGAUAAACAGUGCACACGCAGGACUGAGUCACUGAAUAAACACAGUGCAGUGGGCCGCAGGUGGCGUGAAGCAGUGCGCUCUGGUGGCGAGGGGACAAAGUAUGCCUCUUGCAGGAAUUUUAAUCGAUAUUAUGAGUACACAUUGAUUUUUUUAUUGAUUUUAUGGCUCGGGGAAAAAUGUGCCAGAUACUCGAAUGCCUGAUGAGAGGGAUUUUACUUCAGCAACCCACCGCUAUUGCUGGAGAGGCUCCACAUGAGAUACACAAAGAUCAAGGUACCGACAGUGACGCUUUGUUCUCGGUACAGGCAAGACGUGUUUGUCUUACUGCGGCGGUUUGCCAUUUUGGCAUUAGUUACCCGUUAUCUGAAUUUCAGAGCGGGUUGGCACUUAUUUUACACCUUACUCACUUUGUUUUACCUUACUUUAUUACCCCGUGAUCCUGUUGGAGCGGGAAGAGUGCCUGGUGUUCCUUUCCUGUUAUCCAUGAGGAGCGGGAGGACACGGUAUAGAACAAGGUGAGGUUAUGCACACGUGUUACCUGUUAUUCAAACUUGGAGCAGGUUCUCAUUUAUUCAUUGUCUAUUGUUUUUUACUAGUGUGUUGUGGGUGUUAUACUGUGCCUUUGUCUCGGUGUUUUUCCCCGUUAUCUACAUUUGGGAGCGGGUGAAUGUAAACAAGCGGCCAUGGUGCGAUUAUUUCUUUGUGAUUGCUGGCCCGUGGUGCAGGUUUUAAGGUUCGAUUUGAUUAUAUCCCGUUAUCUGUAUUAAGAGCGGGCUGAACUAAGAUUAUUUUGUCUGUGUUUUUUCCCGUUAUCUCUCAGGAGCGGGACAGGUGACAGAGUGUACUGUUGUGAAGGAGUUUGGUUCAUCAAUAUGUCUUCCUCGGGGGAUUCUACACCUCCAAGAAGCGGUUCUUCACAUUCUUGUGGAAGCCGACUCUAUUCGUCCACUAGGCAUAAAAAGAGGAAGAAUAUCCAACGGUCUGGGGCCUCUGCUAGGGAGGAUGAAGUUGCAAGUGAUCGUGUGUCUAAGAUGGACGCCCGACCACCAGCUAGCCAGUCUGGAGAUGUUAACAAUACUACAUUAUCCAAGUUUUUGGAGGCUUGGGCUGCACUUCAGGAGGAUGUGAAUAAACUUAAGAGUGACAGAGGUGCCAGGGCAAGUGUUGGUUCUGAGCCUGGCACAUCAGGCAUCAGAUCUGGGCCAGCACAGGACUUAGGGGGUACUCAUGAGAUUUCUGCCUCCCCUCCCCCUUCUUCCUCUGGUGCAUUUUCUGGCUUUAGGUCACAAGAAAUGAGUGCUGAAGAAGGUGUGAUCGAAGAUGAAGCUCCUUCGGGCAGUAUUCUGUUACAAGCAGCUAAGGCCUAUGUGCCUAUGGAUGACUGUUCUGAAGCUAUUGAAGAACCGAUUGCUGCAAUGGUGAAUCACUGGUUUUCUCAUGGUUUGAAAGAGGAAGACCAUAAGGAGAUUUUGGCAGAUGAGGCUUCUAAACGUCCUAGAAACUGUAAGGCACUUAUCCCAGUCGAGUGCAACUCACAAGUGCUGGAUGCCCUACCCACUGAGGCAAAGAAAGCUGAUUUCCGACUGAAGGAAAUUGGUAAGGAUAUAACUAAGGCUGCCACUAUUAUGGUUAAAUCACUUACUGUUCUGGACAAGUUUGCCAAUGAAGAGCAUAAUCAGGUUAUUGGUCAUGAGGUGGCUAUGCUUAAUGGUGCCUUGGGGUUGUUAGGGCAUGCAAACUUUAAACUGAAUAUGAAUAGACGGUUUUUCCUCAAACGAGAGAUAAACCAAAAGUAUGCGCACUUAUGCACUGAUAAGACUCCUGCGACUGGCUUACUGUUUGGGGAUGAUCUUACUCAAGCUACCAAACAGAUUGAGGAGGCCGAAAGGCUGAAGAACAAGUUUACCCACAAGAAGACUUCCCAUUUUGGAGCUCCAGGUCUUGGGAAAUUAAGUGGUGGUAAGCAACGUGGUUUCUUUGGGAAGCCAGCUUUCCAGGGUAUGUCUACCCGGUUUAAACCUUACGGCUUACACAAACCUGCCACCAGAGGGGACGGCCGCCCUUCUUAUCACAGAGGGAACUCCUCUUCAAAAAACCCAAGGGGCCGGGGACACUACGAUCCCCGGCAGUAAUUCAGGUAAAGAAUGACUUUGAAGCGGGUCAGCUUCAUAAGUUUAUUGGUGAAUGGUGCAAACUUACUAGUGAUCCUUUCAUUUUGGACAUUGUUAAACAUUGCCAUCUUGAGAUUGAUGAACAGAACAUUACUCAUUUAUUUUCUGAGGAAGUGGAAUACAAAUUUAGUGAUGAGGAGAAAGUUAUUAUGACUAAUGAAAUAGGUAAAUUGUUGAGCCAGAAGGUUAUCAAAGAGACUCACAGACAGGUGGGCCAGAUUAUUUCACCAGUUUUCUUGAGAGAGAAAAAAGAGGGUGGCUACAGGUUGGUGCUUAAUUUGAAGAAACUCAACAAAUUCAUGAAUUACAUCCAUUUCAAAAUGGAAAAUUUUGAGCAGGCAAUUAGGCUAAUCAGUUCAGGCGCUUUCAUGGCUUCGGUGGAUCUGAAGCAUGCUUAUUAUUCAGUCAAAAUUGCAGAGGAGCAGCAAAAAUACCUUUGUUUUAAAUGGGCAGGGAAGAUAUACCAAUUCACUUGCCUUCCUAAUGGUGCUUCUGCAGGUCCUCGUCUUUUCACUAAACUUUUGAAGCCGAUUUUUUCUUUUUUGAGAUUGAAAGGCUACACCAUUACUUCCUUUAUAGAUGAUACUCUUAUGUGUAGCAAGUCAGUUGAGGAUUGUGUUGCUUGUUUAAAGGAUACUGUGGAAAUUUUGCAAAAUGUGGGGUUUUGUAUUAAUGUGGACAAGUCAGUUUUGGUGCCUACAAAACGCAUAGAAUAUCUUGGCAACAUCAUCGAUUCUGAAGCCAUGACUGUCACACUCCCUGCUCGUAGAGUGAAGAAGAUUGUGGAAAGUUGUUCAUCCUUGGCCAGUAGAAAUAAGGCAAAGAUCAGAGAGGUAGCUCGGGUAGUUGGCAUGUUGGUAGCUGCCAUUCCGGCCGUUGAAUUAGGUAAGCUCCAUUACAGAAUUUUAGAAAAGGCCAAAAUUGUUGCAUUAAAGGUAGGAAAGGGCAACUUUGACAAAUUUAUGACUAUCUCAAAGGAAAUGAAAAUGGAGCUGAGUUGGUGGAUCUCUGAAGUAGGUACGCAAGUUCGGAAAAUUAUUCGGACUGCUCCUUCUGUUGAAGUUUUUACUGAUGCCUCAGAUUUAGGUUGGGGUGCUUGUGUAUUAAAGCAUUCCACCAAUGGUAAAUGGACAACAGAAGAAAGUUGCCUACACAUUAAUGCAAGGGAACUCAAGGCCAUCUUGUUUACCCUUCAAUCUUUUGCUUACUUGCUUAAAGGCUGCCAUGUUAAAGUUAUGUGUGAUAAUACCACAGCCAUUGCUUAUGUUAAUGAGAUGGGUGGAACUAAAUCACUAGUGUGUAACUCUAUCUGCAUUGAUAUCUGGAAUUGAUGUAUUUCCAAUGACAUCUGGAUUACUUCUGCACACAUACCAGGAAAGAAGAAUGUGUUGGCGGAUGAAGCCUCUCGUAAUUUUAAUGACAAACAUGAAUGGAAACUUAAUCCAAAGUUUUUUAAAGAGUUGUGUGUAGUUUUUGGAACUCCCUCCAUUGACUUAUUUGCUUCUCGCUUAAACAAGCAAAUAGAUUGUUUUUGCUCGUGGAGACCUGAUCCUGAAGCAAAGCAUGUGGAUGCGUUCACAUUAAAUUGGGCCAGUUUCGAUCUGAUUUACCUUUUCCCACCAUUUUCUCUCAUUACUAGGUGUCUACAGAAAAUGAGGGAGGAGAGAGCCAAGGGGUGGAUGGUUGUUCCAAUGUGGAAUUCCCAACCUUGGAUGGGCCCUCUUCUGCAAAUGUUGAUCAAGGCCCCCAGGCUCAUCACUCAGAAAACAAAUGUACUACGACAUCCCUCAUCAGCGGAAGAACACCCGAUUAUGACCCACACCCAAUUGAUGGCAUGUCUUUUGUCAGGCAACAACUUAGAGGGAGAGGUGUAUCGUCAGAAGGUACAGAGAUUAUCAUGGCAUCGUGGAGACCAGGUACGAUGCGGCAAUAUAGACCACACAUUAAAAGAUGGUCAUCAUUUUGUGAUAGAUGGAAUAUCAAUCCCUCUACUCCGUCUGUAAUUAGUGUUUUGAAUUUCCUUUCGGAGACAUUUCAUAGAGGGGUGGGGUAUGAGUCUGUUAACACAGCAAGAGGUGCUCUCUCUGCUUUAGGCAUUACGUUGGAAGGAUGUAGAGCUGGGAAUCAUCCACUUAUCAAUAGGUUUAUGCGUGGUGUGUUUAACUUGAGACCCUCUUGCCCUAGGUAUGCUGAAACCUGGGAUGUGCAGCCAGUAUUGCAGAAGCUGAGGUCCAUGAGCCCAUUACAAGACCUAUCUUUGAAAUCUUUAACUUUGAAAUUGGUGAUGCUUAUGGCAUCGACUCAAGCUGCAAGAGUACAGACCUUACAUUUAUUAUUGUAUUCCAAUGCUAUUGUUGAUAACAAUUCUGUAUCUCUUUUGUUAGGGGGCAACAUUAAGCAGUGUCGUCCGAAGUUUAAUGUGAGAAUGCUUAAGUUUCAUGCUUAUUUACCUGAUUCUAGAAUGUGUGUUGUAAAUACCCUGAAGGAAUAUAUUAACAGAACGGAGAAUCUGAGAAAGGAAUUUGGGAAGGAUAAUGGGAAACUCCUCAUCAGUGUGGUGAAGCCACAUAAAAGUGUUUCCAAAGAUACAGUGGCAAGGUGGAUUAAAACUGUUCUUGUCGACUGUGGUAUCAAUACUAAGAAAUUCACGGCUGGCAGUGUUCGACCAGCCUCUGCUUCCAAGGCCAAAGCCAUGGAUGUCCCAGUUAACAUUAUCUUAUCUAAGGCAGGUUGGACUCAGGAGACAACCUUUGCUAAACACUAUAAUAAGGAGAUCACUCAGGUUUCAGAUUUUUUUUUCAAGAGGCCAUACUGGAUUCUGUAUUGUAAUGUUAACAGGUUUCUCUAUUCAUUUGCGUUGGAUCUCAAUUGACAUAUUUUGUUUGUUUUAUACAUGUACUAUAUGUUUUUGUAAGGGACAUAUCUGUUUAAGGAGGAGGAUUUUUCAUACAAUGAAGUUGGGAUACAUA